AUGAUCAAAGUGGACAAGCUUCAGUUAAUUGAGCUCUGUGGUGUACAUCUGAAUCUGAGUUUUCUAGUUCCUGCUACUAUGAAGGAUUUGUGUCAUGACGUAUUUGGGGUUGCAAAGGAAAAGAAGGAUGCUAGGGAAGUGCAAUCAAAUCGAGAUGCACUUUGCAUUAAGCGUUUUUUCCCCCGUUUUGUGAAGAUUUACUUGAUGCCUUGCCAAAUAAGAGGAAAGUUGAGGAAGGAGGUUAUUUGUAAUUGGACAGAUAGCGAUGAGGAUAUUCCAUUGAUGGAACAGAAGUUGGCUUCACAAGAAGAGAUAAAAGAAGGAAAGGAAUCUGCAUAUAAUGUAAAGUUAUGUGAAAAAGAAAACUGGAAAUGCCUGAGCUGUAAAGACACGUUUUCUGGGGCCUAUUUUGCAAAAUUGGAUAAGCAAAGUCUUAAAAAAUGGGGCCAAUAA